AUUAGCGUCAUCUCAACAUCCGCCUGUGAAAGUGACGAGUAAAUAUGACCGUUUCACGGUUGCCGUCUGCUGCACUUUCUUUAAAGCAGUUUUUACACAGGCAGAAUGUGUUGGGGAUCUACAGAAACAUACUGAGGACCAUACGACGGGUGCCAGAUGAGGCAGAUAGGAAGUUCUUGAGAGACUGGGCCAGAGAGGAAUUCCAUAGGAACAAAAAUGUCACACAUGAGGAUGCAAUCCGUAUGAUGAUCACACAAGCUUCCAAUCACCUGGAGGAGCUGCAGAAGUCUCUGGCGUUGGCCCACAGUUAAUGACUGCAAGCUGCUGGAGUUCCUGUUUUGUACUCUAUUUGACUGGUUUUUAGUGAGGAAUAAUAUUUGGUGUGGG